GCUUACACGAUACAUGCGGCAAUGCCCUUUUCACACACGCUAACACCCAACCAGCGAAGAGUGGCCAAUGGGAUAGUCGCCUCCAUCUGUCGUGGCAGCUAUGGCCAAGCGCUGCAGUCGCUGGAUGCUUCCACUGGCAUUUUGCCCAGCGAGGAGGAGCAGUCGAUGCGUCAGGUGCUUGAACGCUUGCAGGGCAUGGCCAAACUGGAGUCGCUGGUCGCUUGUGAGGCGCUGAUCAAUGAGCUGCAGCUGCCCCAGUUGGAUGUCAGUGUGAUUGACAAAAUGAACACGCAUAUACCGCCAACAGUGCUGUCCGAUAUUUAUGAGCAGAUGCAGCUGCUUACUUUCUACGACUUCUACCAGCAGUUGGAGCACGUACAGUGGGUGGAGCACACGAUCAUAUGGCACACGUUGAUACUCUAUGAACACUGUACCAAAUUGAAGGCAGCACAACAGGCGCUCGACCAAAUGCAGCAGAUGCCGGCUUCGAAAAUUGAGCUGUAUAUCCUGUACGGUUUGCUGCUGCCCAUAAGCAUUUAUUUGGCAACGUUUCUGUUCUAAUAAAAGUGUUUGCUUCUUCCCAUA